GCGAUUACAAGCAAUAUGUGGGGUAAUCACGCCAAGCAAUUCUCACCGUGAUUGCGCGCCAUAGGACGCGGACGCGACGUGACGAUCGUCUGCGUCACCUUCCAGCCUCCGUGCAAUUGCCUACGCUUUCACACUCAACAUCGUCGGUUGAAUACCACAAAACCAACACCUCCGAAAAAAUACACACUACACUCAGCCGCAAUGGGUAUUAAACACCUCUACCAGCUCAUCGAAGAGCAUACACCAGAGGCAGUCAAGAAAGGCGAGAUCAAGAACCAGUUUGGUCGUAAGGUCGCCAUAGAUGCAUCUAUGAGCAUCUACAGUUUUCUUAUCGCAGUCCGCUCCGAUGGCCAGCAACUCAUGAGCGAAACGGGCGAGACCACAUCACAUCUCAUGGGUCUGUUCUACCGCACAAUGCGUAUGGUCGACAACGGCAUCAAACCCCUUUACGUCUUUGACGGUGCUCCACCCAAGCUCAAAUCCGGCGAGCUUGCAAAGCGAUUCCAGCGCAAGACUGAAGCACAGGCUGCAGCAGAGGAAGCAAAGGAGACGGGCACGGCUGAGGAUGUCGAGAAGUUUUCGCGACGAACAGUGAGGGUGACAAAAGAACAUAACGCGGAGUGUCAACAGUUGCUCAAGCUCAUGGGCAUCCCGUACAUUGUUGCGCCAACCGAGGCCGAGGCACAAUGUGCUACGCUGGCCAAGGGAGGAAAGGUGUAUGCCGCUGCAUCAGAGGAUAUGGACACAUUGACUUUCGCAUCGCCAAUUCUGCUACGACACUUGACCUUCAGCGAGCAGCGCAAGGAGCCUAUUCUAGAAAUCCAUCUAGACAAGGUGCUUGAGGGCCUGGAAAUGGACCAGAAGCAGUUUAUCGACCUGUGUAUCCUCCUCGGCUGCGAUUACCUCGACCCCAUCAAGGGCAUUGGUCCCAGCACUGCUCUCAAGCUCAUCCGUGAGCACAAGGAUCUCGAGGGCGUAGUCGAGCACAUCAAAUCACAAUCUUCCAAGAAACUCACCAUUCCCGACGACUGGCCGUUUGCUGAUGCGCGACUUCUCUUCCUCGAGCCCGACGUGCUCCCUGCCGACGCUCCAGAAUGUGACUUCAAGUGGGAAGCACCAGAUGUGGAGGGACUGGUCAAGUUUUUGGUAGAAGAGAAACAUUUCAACGAGGACAGAGUACGGAAUGGAGCAGCCAAGCUGCAAAAGAAUAUGAAGACAGCGCAGCAGAGUAGGCUGGAGGGCUUCUUCAAGCCGAUUGAAAAGACUGCAGAGGAGAAGGCUACGUUGAAGCGCAAAGCCGAUGAGAAACUCGAGCUCAAGAAGAAGAAGCAAAAGGAGACUGCAAAGGCGAAAAAGGAGGCCAAGGCCAAGCCGAGGACUGCUGGUUAAUGAGUCGGGUUGGGAUCUGCAAGCACAUGCCGAUGUUUGAGGCAAGGGAAAAAGGGCGUUUAUGGGAUUGUGAUACCGAUAGGCAAUGGCGUUUGUAUCAGAUGUAUGCACAUGAAAUGCUCGUAGGCGAGUUCGGUCUGUACGACACAAUGUUUGCCAUGAUACGUGGCAUAUGUUCUUUUGAACAAAAAUAAACAAUAUAUCCUAAUUUGCUGUAGAACUGUACCGGAGAUAGUUGCAGGUCUAGUAUAGAGACAAUAUCGAUGCCUUUAAAAGAUGAUUCGGCA